AGGGUGGAACUUUUGUUAGUGACUGUCAGAAAGUCACUAAGGAAUAAGUGUCCAGAAGAGAUAGUAUAAAUGUGCACUGAGCUCUUUCUCACCACAGUUGUAAAAUAUAUUCAUCUAAAUUAUGAUGGAUUUAUUUCUUCUUUUGUAGAAAUAAAUGGAUGCCACUAAUCUUACAUAUUUAACACUUGAUGGACAUGUGGAUUUACAGAAUUACAGAUAUGUUUAUUUUUUAAUUACUCUUACUGUGUAUGUAUCUAUCAUUGUAUUUAAUACUGUUGUAAUUUUUGUCAUAGUCAUGAACAAACAUCUCCAUCAGCCCAUGUACAUUUUCAUUGCUGCUUUGCUUUGUAAUGCUCUCUGUGGAGCGACUGCUCUUUAUCCUAAACUGCUCAUGGAUUUACUUUCUGAAAAACAAGUCAGUUCUUACCAUGGCUGUUUAUUUCAGGGGUUUUUUGUUUAUUGGUAUGCUUGUUCAGAGUUUGUAUUGUUAUCAGCUAUGGCUUAUGACAGAUAUGUGUCCAUCUGUAAACCAUUACAUUAUACAACUAUUGUAAAAAUGUCUACUGUGAAAAAGUUAAUAUUUUUAUCAUGGUUUUUGCCUUGUUGUGAACUUGGUGUGGCAUUGAUAUUAACAUAUCAGCUUCAGUUAUGUAAAUUUAAAAUGAACAGAAUAUACUGUGAUAAUUACUCAGUUCUUAAAUUAAGUUGUAAAGAAAUAUCUACAAACAACUCAUAUGGACUUUUUAUUUUCAGCAUUGCUGUAUUUCCUCCAGUGACCUUCAUAUUCUUCUCAUAUAUCAGGAUACUCACUGUGUGUUUAAAGAAUUCUAAAGAUUUCAGAAGAAAAGCUCUACAGACCUGUUUACCACAUCUGCUCAUUUUCAUCAAUUUUUCUGUCAACAGUUGUUUUGAAAUUAUAAAUAACAGACUAGAAUCAAAUCAAAUUCCCCACAUUAUUGCCAUGAUCCUGUCAGUUGAAUAUUUACUCAUUCCACCUUUAUUCAAUCCCAUAAUAUAUGGAUUAAAACUGCAGGAGAUUUUGAAAAGCAUCAAGAGAUUGAUUUCAUGGAAAAGGAGGACUGGGGAUUAUUUUUAG